GCACUGAGCACAUAUGGUUUCAGUAACUACUUCCUUUCUUACUGUUUUCUUUUUUUCGUUCUCACUUCUUUCUUCUCUGCUAUCGUUAAUGGAAAAUAUCCAAGCUGAACCCGGGAAAUCUCCAAACACUUUUUAAUCUAACAGAUUAUAUCCUUUAAUGAAACCGACUGGAGCUGCGGCGGUGGAAACCAGCGGAACUGCUUCUGUUAGCUUUAGCUAGCUGCUCGGUCCGGUUCCGACUUGAUUUUAGAAGCUAAAUACAGACAGUUGUAGAUCUUUUAAGCGUAGAAUCGGUCUGUUUUCUAUCAUUGUGUAUCAUGUCUGGUUUUAGCUGAACCUUGAUACAAGAGAAAUAAUGUUUUAUUCGUUAUUUGGUGGUGUUAAAGAGACAUCCGUUACUGCUCUCUGAUUGGCUGAAACGAUACCGCUCUUUAGUCUCUGAUUGGCUGAAAUCUGUUGCCAGAUGUUUUAAAUCAUUGUUGAUUUGGUGAAAUUAAAAUCCCAGAUGAACAAUUGAGAAACCUGAAAAUAGUCCAAACCGCAGCCAGAAAGAGGCCUUGAUGAGAGAAGAUGAAUGGAGUGAAGGUGGAAGAUCAGGAAGAUGGAGAAGAAGGUCAGCAGCUUCCUGAGGAAGGCUCAGCGACGGCUCCAGAUCCACCUAAGCCCAAACGCCGCCACGUCUGCUCGAUCUGCGGCCGGGAUUUUGCGGGUCCGUCCCGCCUGGCGGACCACGUCGCCACGCAUUACGGCUACAAACCCCACAGCUGCUCCAUCUGCGGCAAACGCUUCACCAAGAAAGUCAACGUCCUGGUCCACCAGCGGGUUCACACCGGGGAGAAACCGUACACCUGCCCCGACUGCGGCGUCAGCUACGCCCAGAGGUCCUGCCUGCGGAGGCACCUCCUCAUCCACUCCCCCGAGAAGCCGUUUACCUGCUCCCUGUGUGGGCGGGGCUUCGUCCAGCGGCGGUACCUGGUCCAGCACGAGCGGACUCACACCGGCGAGAAGCCGUUCUCCUGCCCGCUGUGUCCCAAACGCUUCGCCUCACGGAGCGGCCUCUCCGACCACCAGAAGACCCACGAGGAGCAGAAGCAGCACGCCUGCUCACUCUGCGGGAAAACCUUCUACUCCGCUUCGUCUUUCAGGGAUCAUGUCAGGAACCACACAGGACGCAAGCUCCACCCCUGCUCGCUGUGUGGGAGGAGCUUCAACCGGCCGAGCCUCCUGAACAAGCACCUGCAGAAGCACGCGGAUGGGAGCCUGGACAAGGAAGAAGCUGCUCUCCGCUGCCUCCCGUGUCAGGAGGACUUCUCCUCCAUCAAGGAGGCCAAAGAGCACGAGCGGCGCCGCCACGCCUCCACCCGCUUCGCCUGCGACGUCUGCGGCCGCUCCUUCAGCCGGUCGACCCGACUGAAGGACCACAUGAGGUCCCACACCGGAGAGCGGCCGUUCCAGUGCGGCGUCUGCGGGAGCCGCUUCAUGGUGCUGAGGGCUCUGAGGAAACACCAGGAGAUCCACAGCAGGCCGGACCGACCCGCCGACGCCGGUCCGGGAGACGGCCCGGAGCAGCCGGCAGAACAACAGAAACCAGACGAGCUGCCGGAGGUCCGUUCCCAUGGAGACGAGACGCCGCCUUCGCAGCCUUCGCAGAACGACCAGAGCCCCACCAGAACCGAGGGCGUCCCGGACCCGUCCGCAUCAGAGGAUCGCCCGAAGGUCCAGGAGGUGGCGGAGGGCAGACCCGGUUCACCGCGCUCGCUGACCUCCGGCACCCAGAGGAAGAGGAAGCACUGCUGCAUCAUCUGCUCCAGGAGCUUCCUGAAGCCCUGCCUGCUGCGGGAGCACAUGGGGGUCCACAUCCGGGAGGGCUGGCUCCCCGACCCGGCAGACAAGGAAUUCUGGUUCCAUAUGAGGACUGGAGGUCAGAAGAGGAAGGAGACCGAAAAGAAGGAGGAGGAGGAGGGAGACGGUUUGGCCAAUCAGCGCCCCCCCACCUCUCAAGAAGGACCUACUGCUGGUAACCAUGGCGACCAGGGAGGAAACGGAUGCGAGGGAGAGGAUGUCAGCGGUUUGAUCAACUCCGACGGGGAGGAGGAGCGUUUGGAGCCGGAGCGCUCCGGUCCAGAGAGCCGCUCCGACCCGCCGGCCGCCGGCAAAACCAAGCACUGCUGCCCGGUGUGUGGCCGCAACUGCUUCAAGGCCUCGGCGCUGCAGAAACACCUGCGGAUCCACUCCGGCGAGCGGCCCUUCCAGUGUCCCGUCUGCAACAAGAGCUUCAUCCAGCAGGUCCACAUGACGGAGCACCAAAGGAUCCACACCGGGGAGAAGCCCUUCACCUGCAGCGUCUGCGGCAGGAGCUUCACCUUCUCCAGCGCCAUGCGCCGCCACCAGCGCGUGCACACCGACGCCCGGCCCUUCCAGUGCCCCGACUGCCCCAAGGCCUUCAAGCAGCUCUGCGCCCUGAAGAGCCACCGGCUGACCCACACGGGCGUCCGCUACCAGUGCCCGCUGUGCAGCAAGAGCUUCAGCCGCGCCCUGGAGCUCACCUACCACAUCGACGUGCACUCCGACGCCCAUCCCUACUUCUGCAGCAUCUGCAAGAAGAACCUGGGCGGAGCCAAGAUGUACCGCAAACACAUGAGGUGGCACGAAUCGGACAAGCUGCAGGCGGAGCCCGCCGCGGCGCCGGCGGGGCUGGAGGACGCCGUCUGAGGACCAGCGAAGGCGGAUCGGUUCAGAGACGCUUCAGUCAUGUUGACGUAGGCUGUCAGGCUUUCUACGGGAGCUCAGAGGGGACAAACCCGGCAGAUUUCCAGUUUUUAGAUCAGGAUCACAGACUCCUGUUCGCGUGACGUUUGAGGACAACUUUCAAGCUCAGAAAAACCAAACGAAUAAAUAUUCAACAAAAAUAAAAACGUAUUUAAAGGAAUUUUCAGCUGCAGGCGAUUAGAUCAUCACGGCACCUCAGUUCCUGCAGCCAAUCAAAUGUGUCCGUCUUCUUCCACAUGUGAAGGAGGGGUCUGAUGUGGCCCGCCGUUUCCCAUGAUUCAUUGCUGCUCCAAGCGAAUCGGUCCAGCUCAGACAGCAGUGGUGGAUGACGGUGGAAAAAACUGACGCUUUAAUUUGGAGACCUGGAAGUUUUCUGAGAUUAUGGAGAGAAAUUUGGUUCGACAUUUUUGAAAAGC